UUUUCUAACAAAGUAGCCAGAUCUGCAGACUUCCGUUCAUCAGUAGAUAACCAAUCUUUCAACAAAAAUGUUGUCAACUCAAACAGCAUUAGCGAAUCUAAUAGCAAUAUCCAAAACUCUGUAAAUAAUGAAUUUAGCUCAAACAAAUUCGCCCGUUCACUCAGUGACAUAAGAAACUCAGAAUCCUAUCUUAACAGUCACUCCUCUGACAUUCGAAACUCAGUUAACAACUUAGCCUCAAGCAAAUUUGUCAGUCAGGUUGCCAACAGUAACAUCGCCAACUCAGUAAACAAGGCUUUCUCAUCAAGUGAUGUACGAAACUCCUUGAACGCUGUUAACAAUCAAUUCAGUUCAAACAGCCUUAAUCAAUUCUCAGACAUCCGAAACAAUCACGCUGCAAGCAGCUACCAAAAUUCAGUAAACAAACAAUCUAGCUUCGAUGCUUCACACUCAUUCCAGUCAAGUAACUCAGCUCUUAAACAAGUUAAUGGGUUAGCUACAACACUUACCAGUACUGCAGGUGACCUUACUUCAUCAGUCACUGACUCAGCCUCAGGUCUCGUCAAGACUGUCACUGGUUCAUCAGGUAACAGUGGACUAGUUGGCAAUGUACUCAAUACUGCCACUGGUCUUCUCGGUGGAUCAGGAUCAUCUUCAUCUACCUACAGUUCAUCAUCUAGCUCAGGAAAAGGAUUAGUUGGUAAUGUACUUAGUACUGCCACUGGUCUUCUCGGAGGUGGAUCAGGAUCAGGAGCAUCUUCCUCAUCUUACAGUUCAUCAUCUAGCUCAGGCAAUGGAUUGGUCGGUAAUGUUCUCAAUACCGCCACUGGUAUUCUUGGAGGUGCAUCAGGAUCAGGCUCAUCAUCUUUCGGUUCAUCAUCUGGUUCAGGCAAUGGACUAGUCGGUAAUGUUCUAGGUACUGCCACUGGUCUUCUCGGAGGUGGGUCAGGAUCAAGAUCAUCAUCCUCAUCCUACAGCUCAUCAUCUAGCUCAGGCAAUGGAUUAGUUGGCAAUGUACUCAAUACUGCCACUGGUCUUCUCGGUGGAUCAGGAUCAGGCUCAUCAUCAUACAGUUCAUCAUCUGGUUCAGGCAAUGGAUUAGUCGGCAAUGUUCUCGGUACCGCCACUGGUCUCAUCGGAGGUGGAUCAGGAUCAAGAUCAUCAUCUUCAUCAUACAGUUCAUCAUCUAGCUCAGACAAUGGCUUAGUUGGUAAUGUUCUCGGUGGUAUUCUCGGUGGAUCAGGAUCAGGCUCAUCAUCUUACAGUUCAUCAUCUGGUUCAGGCAAUGGAUUAGUUGGUAAUGUUCUCGGCACCGCUACCGGUCUUCUUGGAGGUGGAUCAGGAUCAGGAGCAUCUUCCUCAUCUUACAGUUCAUCAUCUAACUCAGGAAAAGGAUUAGUUGGUAAUGUUCUAGGUACUGCUACUGGUCUUCUCGGAGGUGGAUCAGGAUCAUCAUCUAACGGUGGAAUUCUUAGUAUCCUCGGUUAAAUAAUUUAAAUAUAGUGAGCCCGCUAUUCAUGUGCAUACAAAUUUAUUAAUAAAUUCCUUUAAAAAUCCCUAAAA